GUACCACGUCUGUGUGAUAGCCCUUGUCUACUUCAUGCCCCUGAUUGUGAUGGGGUUUACCUACACUGUUGUGGGCAGGACGCUGUGGGCCAGUGAGAUCCCAGGGGAUUCCUCGGACAGAUAUAGGGAGCAGCUCAAUUCCAAGAGGAAGGUGGUGAAGAUGAUGAUUGUAGUGGUGACUACCUUCGCUGUGUGCUGGCUUCCCUUUCACAUCUACUUCCUGCUUUCCCUCUUCCACCCUGAUAUCUACCUGGAGAAAUACAUCCAGCAAGUGUAUCUGGCCAUCUUCUGGCUCGCCAUGAGUUCCACAAUGUACAACCCCAUAAUCUACUGCUGUCUCAAUGAACG